AUGGACCUUCCCGGCGAUCGGGCGAGUCCUCGCAGCCCCGACGAGACUCUGAGAAUCACAAACUAUGUCACCCAAGGCCUAACCAUUCUCAUAUCCACCGCAUUUGUGGCCACGCGCUUCUAUGCCAAGACCAGAGUCUUGGGAGGCACACAGGGAUGGGACGACUAUGCCACGUAUGCAGCAUGGUUGUUUAUGAUUGGAUAUUGUACUUGCGCGUGCGUCGGUAAGUUUGAUCGCCGUGAGGAUGAGUAUCCGUUGCAACGACUAGCACUGACACCUGAUGCAACCGAAGCGUCGACAUAUGGGGGCGGUUUGGAUAUUGAUCAAGUUCCCCAAGAACAUAUCCAGCCCUUUUUCAAGUCGUUCUAUGCUGCAGCCAUCUGUUACGCUCCCAUGGCCCUCAAUCUGAAGCUCGCCCUCCUCGUCAUCAUCAUCCGAGUCUUUGGCGCCGUCCACAAGAAGACACUUCUCGGCGUCUACAUCCUCAUUGGUUUUCUCACCAUCUACUACGUCUCGGGCUUCUUUCUCAAAAUCUUUGUCUGCUGGCCCAUUUCGGCGUACUGGACGGGCGACGCCAGCAAAUGCCUCAACCAAAACGCCAUCAUCACGUGUGACUCCAUCAUCAGUGCCAUAAGCGACCUGGUCAUCCUGUUGUUGCCCACUCCUCUCACCUGGUCGCUUCAGCUGCCGCGGAGAAAGAGACUGCGAGUCAUUGCCCUCCUCUGCGCCGGAGGCAUCGCCACGGCCUUUAGCGUCUAUCGACUAAUAUACACGCUGGACAAUCGGAAGAACCCAGACGUAUCCAUCAUCUUCAUCAAAACCAUUCUCUCGGGAAAUGCCGAAGUGGGAAUUGGUCUCAUCUGUGCUUGUUUACCUACCAUCAACUCGCUCUACUCGCGGAAAACCAGAGGCUCGGAAUACUUCCGCCAUCACAGCGACGGCUCCAAGCAGAGUCAUUCCCAAAGGGGCAAAAUCAUCAUGACACGGUCGUACCAAGUCGAUUCGUCCAGUGUCUCAAACCACGAGGCCCAAAACCUGGGCAACGACGAGUUGGAACUUGUAGGGAAGCCUCACCCAUACGCGAAUUCGACUUCCAAGACAAGCCACGAGUCUAGUUCAGCUUGUUGA